CAGGCUGAAGGCGAGCAUGACGCCGAGGUGUUUGAGGACGAGCACCAAGAUGGGGGCCUCCGAACCACGGACAUCCAUGCUCCGCCCGCCGUCCGGGAGAUUGCCCCGACACCUUGGAGGAUUUUAGAGGCGUGUGAAGGUUUCGACUUGCGGACCUGGGUUGUCGCUUCGGGAAGCCAGCCGACGACGACCACAACGACAACUACAGCAUCGCCAAAUCCCAACAGUAGCCGCAGCAGCAGCAGCUAUGGUUGUGACCAAGAUGCAGUCUUUCAUCGCUUCCCGGAUCUGCCCUACGAACUACGACGCAAGAUCUGGCGCAUGCACCUAGAACGGCCGCGCAUAGUCGUGAUCAGAGGCGUACCAGACGGCUCAGGCGUUCAAGCCUCCGGCAACGACCUGGGCAAUAUGGCGUGCAACGCAAACUGGUACUGCGAGAACAGGAGCCCGGCACUCCUUCGCGUGUGCGACGAGUCACGGCGCGAGGCAAGGUCCUUCUUCAGGAUCCAGCUGCCCAUGAGGUCAUCGGCGCCCGACAGCCACGGGUUCCCGGAUCUGAAGCAGCGAAACCCGGCGUGGGACCGGAUCUACAUCAACCCUGACUGGGACCUCGUCCUCUACCAGGGCGCCACUAGGUCUCUUACUGUGCCCAUCCUUGCCAGCGACCUGCUUGCCCACGACCCAUUGGGCAGAGGGGUCGCGCACUACGGAUCAAAUGACUGGCCGCAGAGCAUUUGGCAUGUUAAUCCAGAUCCUGGCUUUGGCAUGGCUACCCUGAAUGAAUCGUUCGCCUACCUCAAAAGCUUCGUACUCUGCACGAGAUCUACGUCUGAGAUAACUCGUCCACUUGGCGAGGGCUAUGUACAUGCUGUAGCUGGCCAUGUUGGCCUGGUCGGCUCGCGUGACUCUGGCUCCGGCUCCGGCCCUGGCUCCCACGCGUUUGACUGGCAUCGUGCCUCAUCCGGGAUGGCCGCAAAGACGCCAAACAACAGCAUGGUUCGCAAGGCGCUGGUUUUUGGCAAAGGCGUUCAUCACUCCGUUGUGAAUAACCUCGUCACGGUUGAAAUGACGACACGUAUCCGCGAUGGGGGCCUCGCCUGGGACCUCCACUCGACAACCGACGGAUGGGUCAUCAGGCUCGCCUGGCAACCCCCGGACUGCGCCAUCUCCCAUAUCAUGCACCUGACCACGGGUCCCGUUAAGGAACUC